UUUAAUUGGCACGUUGUGCCGGAAAGAGAGAAAAAAAGGCACACUAAUCAAGCAGAACCAGUUUGGUCACCCACAAUGGCUGGAGGCCUAUUUGCUAUUGACAAGAAAUUCUUUGAAAGACUGGGCACUUAUGAUAGCGGUUUUGACAUUUGGGGAGGUGAAAAUUUGGAAUUGUCUUUCAAGACUUGGAUGUGUGGAGGUACCUUGGAAAUCGUACCGUGUUCUCAUGUCGGUCACAUAUUUAGAAAAAGGUCACCUUAUAAAUGGAGAUCUGGUGUCAACGUGCUCAAGAAAAAUUCGAUUCGGUUAGCUGAAGUCUGGAUGGACGAUUACGCUAAGUACUACUAUGAAAGGAUUGGACGUGACUUAGGAGAUUAUGGAGACGUAAAGUCAAGAAAAGAUCUGAGAAAAAAAUUAAAAUGUAAAUCAUUCAAAUGGUAUUUGGACAACAUUUAUCCAGAACUUUUUAUUCCUGGAGAUGCUGUAGCGUCUGGAGAGAUUAAAAACGAAAUAUCGAACAUGUGCGUUGACGCAAAUUCAGACAAUAACAAAGAUAAUAUUAAUGUCAAUGUGUGGCAAUGCCACCAACAAGGUGGCAAUCAGUAUUGGAUGCUUAGUAAAAUGGGAGAAAUCAGACGGGAUGAAUCAUGUCUGGACUACGCUGGUACCGAUGUCAUCUUAUACCCUUGCCAUGGAUCUAAAGGCAAUCAGUACUGGAAAUAUAAUGCUAAUACUAAGCAGCUGAAGCACGGCAGCAGUAAAAAAUGUCUUUCCAUCAACGAAUCCAGGGAUAAAUUGAUCAUGGAAGAAUGCCACUUGUCACUAGCCAGGCAACAGUGGUUGUUCGAAAACUUCGACGAGUCAAAAGUAACUGAAGGACCUAAAAAACAAAAAGACUAUUAAUCGUGAUAAAAAAUCUGACUACUUAACAAUGAUUUUUUAUUAGGAGGAUCUAAUACCCGUUAAUGUAAACCCUCCAUGAUAGAGGGUUAUUUGUGUUAUUAUUUUUAUUGUUGUAUUUGGACGUGAAAAGCCAUUUAAAUUUGUAGUAAAAACUCUUAAACAAAUUUUGUAAAUAAUAUAUAUAUUUAUAAAUUUAUGAAUAUUUUUUGUUGUAUAAAUAUUAUUAUUUACUUAUUAUUAUUUAUAAAUGUACUUAACAGUAUUACAGGAUAAACAAUAUACAUUCCAUUACAUAUCCUCAAUCUAUAUCUUUUUUUAUAAUAUAUUUUCUAAUAUCAUUUUAUGUUGAAAUUCUUUAUAGAAUUAUUUGUUAUUCUUUUUUUACAUAUCUAGCUCUCAUGUGUAUUUGUAAUUACAAUUAAAUGUGAAAAUUAAUUUGUAUUAAGCCAUCAAAAAUAGGAGCUCUCUUGUUAUAAAUUGUACUUUUUUUUUA